AUGGAGAUUGCUGGAUCUGGGAUGAUGGGGAUUGAUGGAUGUGGGAUGAUGGGGGUUGAUGGAUCUGGGAUGAUGGGGAUGGAAGGAUCUGGGAUGAUGGGGGUUAUGGCGGAGGGCUUCGCCUUGCACAAAGCCAGAUCUAAGAGUGUGUUUUGUGAGUCUGAUCAUGUUUAUCGACGUUGUGUUGCAGUUGAGGACCUCCUGAAGUACCUGGACCCUCAGUUCACCGACCACAUCACUGUACCUGACGCCAUGAAGCUGGAGUUCAUUCUGGCUGAGGAGGACUUCCUGCUUACCCAGGCUGCUUUGCUGGAGCAGGUCAGCACCUUGCAGCCUCUGCUGGACAGCAACUACAUCAGAGAUGUGCCAGAGCACGCCACCAAGCUGCAGCGCCUGUCGCAGAUCCACAUCAAAGAGCAGGACCAAACCGAGGCUCAGUCCCUGGAAGUGAAGAAGCUUUUUGAGGAGUACAACAAAAUGAUGUUCCUGCUCUCUAAGCAAUUCACCCAAUGGGACGAGACCCUGAGGAACCUGGAGGAGGCCAAGGGCAUUCGACCUGUGGAGUAGCUUCUGUCUACACACACACACACACAUUUCUGAUGGUGAUGAUGAAGAAGUCGGCACUGUGGCGGGAGCUUCACAGAUCCUAACAUUUCACCUUUUCAAACUGCUCAUCGUUCUGUAAACAAAAUGUUAUUGAGUCAGGCAACAACACAUUGAAACAUUACCUUGUUCGUUUGAGAAAAUUCUCCAAUCCAGGCAAAAAUAGUUGAGCUUUCACACAGUUCUCCAAAUUGUUGUUAGGACUCUGUCUCAUGUGACUCUUCAUCAGUCGUCCAGAGGAGCUCCCAUCACGUGACGUCUGGCUCAGUUAUUUAUUUACAGACAAUAAAGCUUGUCAUGCUUGCAUAUUGACUCGAUGUGUAAUACGUUCCUCGAUGCCUCUCUAAUGCAAGUCACAAGACACACACACACACACACACACACACACACAC